GAAAUAUAAACAGAGCGAAAGAAAAAGAGACCAGCAGGAAAAGGUGAUAGAACAUCUGAGACUGCAAUGUAUGGAUGUAAGAGACUCGGUGGCAUUUCGUUUUUUCGGAAUUCCAAAAAUGAUGUGGAGAAAUUCCUACGACAAGAACUGGCAGAAAACCUGACAAAGAUAACUCUGCUGACUGAGGAAAUUGAGAGUAAGCACAACACGAUUGCUUAUAUGCAACGAGAGAACCACCGAAUGAAGGCUCAGUACGACUUGGAAAGGGACCGGACGAGGGCACUGGACGAGACCAAUGCAGCCCUCAGAGCUGAGUUAAGCAGAUUUACACAUCUCGCAAAUCAAGUGGCUGAAAAUGUAGUUUGUCGUGACAUUUCACAGACACGGGAAAAUGAGCGUCUGACUAAAAACAAUAACGAACUAAAAGUGCUGACUACUCAGCAAAAGUCCAAGAUUGAGCAUUUAGAGAAGCGGAUACAAUUGGUGUGUCUUUUGGAGUAUUGGCAGGUCAAGGAAGAGAACGAACGACUGAGUAAAGAAUGUGCCGACAGUUCACUCCGAGUUCCCCAGAUUGUAAACAAGAGAGACGAUAAAGUAUAGUUUGUGACUGAAGGGCAGAUCAUUGAGGAAUUGAAGGAGGAGAACCGUGCCCUUCAGAAUGAAUUGAGGCAAAAAAUAAUUUCAAUCAAAGAAUUGAACUCACAUUUGGACAGUCAAAAAAUAGUAAUUUCACGUCAACAAAUUCAGAAUUUUGAGGCCAAAAUAAAUUCGUUAGAGGAACAAAUGAACAGUAAUAAAGGAGACUUGUCUCUCCAAAGGGAGGUGGUCAGACGGACGUGUUAUGUGGGGACUACACAAACUGAGAU